UAUACUUGAUCAAAUAUCAGAAGGACCAUAAUCUAAAUUUGGCAAUAACCAAAGGACUAAAAAUGCUAUUGUCCCAACAAAAGAUUCUGUAAAAAAGCUAGUAGGAAAGAGAAGGGUCCAACAUUUAUUUUGGUGCUAAAACAACUCUCAACCAACAAAAACCAUAAUAGAACAUUAAAGGCAAACAAACAAAAAAAAAAAAAAAAACCAAAACAACAAACAUCAUAGUUUGUAUUAUUAGUCCCUUUCAACUAUGAUUCUAUUUCCUAUCCUAUUUCAUUAACAAGAAAACUUAUCUCAUGUUGUUGAAACUCUUUCUCUUACCUUAAAAAAGAUAUACUGUAUUAUUUGUUCUUGUAGGAGAAACAAAAAAAAAAUUAAAAAAAUAGAGGAAGAGUUUCAUAGUUGAUUGUUUUGUUUUUAAAGAAGUAUAUAUAUAGAGAAAAAAAGAUCAAGAAUUGGUUCAAAAUGUUGCAAAGAGCUGCAACUAAUGCUUAUUCAUGGUGGGCUGCUAGCCAUAUUAGAACCAAACAAUCUAAAUGGCUUGAACAAAGCCUUCAAGACAACUAUACCUCAGUCGCGAGCAAGUUGGGGUCAGCUAUAUGAAUCAUCCCUAACUAUGUUGUUCCAUUAAGCCCAUCUCAACCCAUCGGAAGUUGUAAUUGUACCUGUGUCGUAACAGAUAUGGAAGAGAAGGUGGAAGAUGUGAUCAAGCUCAUUGAAGAAGAUGGAGAUUCAUUUGCCAAAAGAGCAGAAAUGUACUACAAGAAAAGGCCAGAGCUAAUAAACUUUGUGGAAGAAUCUUAUCGUGCCUAUCGAGCAUUGGCUGAACGAUAUGACAAGUUGUCAAGGGAGUUGCAGAGUGCCAACAGCACCAUUGCAACACUUUUUCCAGAACAAAUUCAGCUCGCGAUGGAUGAAGAAGAUGAUUAUGGUACCCCAAAGAUACCGAAAAGUUUCCCACAAACACCAAAAACUGGAGCAAAUAUACCAAGUGUACCUCCAAAGGCUCCUGUUAAAGACAUGAAAGGUCUGUUGAAAACAGGCACAAAGCAAUUUCUAGGCAAGAAAUCAACUAACAAGGCAAAAGAUUCAAAUAAAGAUGCACCAAAAUCUGGUUUGACAAAAGACGAGGCGCUUGAAGAGAUUGACAAGCUCCAGAGAGAGAUAUUGUCUCUGCAAACUGUGAAAGAGUUCGUGAAAAGCUCUUACCAGAGUGGGAUAGCGAAGACCAUGGAAAUCGAGCACCAGAUUAUUGAGAAGCAUCAGAAGAUUUGCAGUUUGGAGGAUGAAUUCGGUGAGGCUCGGGUUAUUGAGGAUGAUGAGGCGAGGACCUUGAUGGCCGAAGCAGCACUAAAAUCGUGUCAAGAAACGUUGGCUCAGCUCCAGGAGAAACAAGAUCAGUCGACCAAAGAUGCAAAAGAGGAGUUCAAGAAGAUCGAAGAAGCUCGUAAGAAACUUAAGUAUUUCAGGCAAAAGUACUUAGGGGAUCCUUCUGAUGAAUCAGAACCAGAUGAAAAAGAUGACGAAUCUGGUGUGGUAACAGAUGAAUCAUCUCAAUGCACGAGCCAAGAAGUCGGUGAGCAAAUAGAUUCGUUGUCAAUGCAUGGCAAGAUCAACGAUCAAUUCGAUGCAAGCUCUAUGUCCUCUCUAACGGUGACACAAUUGGCAGCGAAGAUUGAUGAGCUUGUGAGUAAGGUGGUCAGCUUAGAAGCAGCGGUUUCAACUCAAACUGUUCUAAUUGAGAGACUACGAACAGAAGCCGGCGGACUUCACUCACAAGUUCAGACUUUGGAAGACGAUAAGAAAGCUAUUCCGAUGGAGGACACACACAAUCUGAACGUUAGAGUGACUGCGAUAGAGGAAAAGUUGAAGGGUAUUCAGGAUCUAAACAAAGAUGUCGAAAAUCAAAACAGCAGCCUUAAGACUCACUUUGCUGAAGCUCAUACCAGUCUUGGCCAGUUAUCGUUCAAAUUGACGAGUGUGAAAUCAGAUGAAGAGGUUGAUGAGACGGAAUCAUCUCAAGAUGAAGAGGAGACUCUUGCUGAUAUCAGGUCACUAAAAGAGACAGAAAAGAGGAAAGACCAUGUUACCGCAAGUGAGGUCAAGAAAGAACAAGAUCCCGGUACAGCUAUUAGUGAUAAAGAAGUCCACGAAGUUACAAAACCCCCAAAGAAACACGUCGAAAUUCUGAAGCCAACAUCAGCUGAAAAAGCUGAAGAUAAAGUCUCAUCUCAGUCUGAAAAUAGCGGUCAUAAUGAGCCAAAAAUACAGGAAGAAGAGGAGAAAGACGAUGACCUUACAUGGCAGCAAAUGCUGUUGACUGGUUUGGAGGAUAAAGAAAAGAUCCUCUUAACAGAAUAUACAACAAUUCUCAGGAAUUACAAGGAAUUAAAGAGGAAGCUGAUUGAAAUGGAGAAGAAAGAAAGAGACACGGAAUUCGAAGUCACAUUGCAGAUAAGAGAGCUUAAAAGUGCUAUUAUGAAGAAGGAUGCAGAGAUAGAAAGUUUACGUCUAAAGUUGAGUCUUGUUCAAGGAAAUGCUUCUGAAAGUUCCGAUUCAAAAGAAGAAAAGCAGCAAGAUCUCAAUCCUUCUGAUGAUCGAAGCUUAAAACCUGAGGACUCGGCUGAAGGGGUAGACAACGAUGAACAGGAUGCCAAGAUCAUUUUGAUUGAUCAACGUUCAUCCCUCUCGCCAGUUGAAGAGAAACUCCGGAUGGGCAUUGAUGCAUUGCUAGACGAAAACUUGGAUUUCUGGCUAAGAUUUAGCUCAGCAUUUCAUCAGAUUCAAAAGUUCAAGACCACCGCCCAAGAUUUGCAGGACGAAAUCUCAACACUACGAGACAAAGAAACAAAAGAGGACAGCUCCAAAACAGACCUGAAAUCAGAAAUCAGGCCUAUAUAUAAACACCUCAGGGAGAUUCAGAAUGAGCUAACAGUCUGGUUAGAACAAAGCUUGUCACUAAAAGAUGAACUGAAACGUAGGUUCUCGUCUUUAUGCAGCAUUCAAGAGGAAAUUACGAAAGCACUAAAGGACGGAGUUGAAGAAGAUGAAAUCAAAUUCAGCAGCCACCAAGCUGCAAAGUUCCAAGGCGAAGUUUUGAACAUGAAACAAGAAAACAACAAGGUAAGAGAGGAACUGGAAGCUGGUGUAGAGCAUGUAACUACACUUCAAGUAGACGUUGAGAAGACAUUAAGGAAACUGGAUCAGGAGUUUGAUGUCAGUGGAGGUCAACCACAAUUGACAAACUCAGCAAGUAGGUCAAGGAUACCUUUACGAGCUUUCAUCUUUGGAGCGAAAGUAAAGAAGUCCAAGCGCUCGUUUUUUCAUAGCAAUAGGAAAUACCAGGUCCUGAAAGGCGGAGUACCUUUAUAGAUGUUUUUAUCUUGCUCUUGUUUUUCUUCUCCUUUUUGGUUUUCCCCUUUGUUCUCAAUCUUUUCCAGGUACUUUUUACAUGUAUCUGGAUAGACAAGGAAUGUUGGUUAUACUUUUUUUUUCUUUUUUUUUUGGUUGUAAGUGAGAAGGUUUUGGGGAUUGUAUGUAUUGUCUUGAUGUGUAAGUUAGUGUAAACAGUACCAUUCUUCA